AUGGAGCUAACCGCCUUCAAAUCCGCAAAAGGAUGUGAGCUAAUCGCAACGGCUUUUGGUUGGCCAAGUGUACCAGGCAUCUCACUGCCGCCGCUGACUGAGUCGGAGGGCCGCAACAUUUUCCCGAAGGGAAGAAGUAAGCUGGAUGUGGCAAAACAUUUUGCAAGUGUGCUGCAACCGGUUCCAAGCCGCCAAUUUCCGUAUGCAUUCGUGGCAGCCAUGGCCGCUGUGGGUGGUGAGCUGAAAAGUGUCGUUCAGCACCUGCGAGCUUUGCAGAGAAGAUUGUGCAGACGCAAAAGACUUGAGCUUGCCAAGGAGGAAGGAACUAGCGACCCCCGAGAGCAUGUGAUGCUCAAAGUACAGCCUACUGCAACAUCUGUUUUGGCUGUUUUCGAGUUGAGCGGCAGAAAUUCUGCUUGUGCUGCACGCUUUUUGGCGGCCAAGAACAAGUUGAAUGUGGCAGAGGCUUCCUUGUCAAAUUCUUUAGCUUCUGCAUUUGAAGAUGCCUAUUUGCAGGUGCCUUUCGAAACCAUUGUGGGCCUCUUAGAUAGUCCCACAUGCCCACGCCACCGUCGUGACUUGUUUGCGGCGGGUCGCUUUAUAGUUGAAACGCAGCUAUACACAUGGCUGCUUGCCCAAAACAAGAAAGGGGUUGCACCUGGGAGGCAACAAUUAGUAGCAGAAGCGUGCAGGCUGACUCCAAAGGAUUUGCCGCAUGAUGUGGCAGCCAUGCUGGAGCAGUACUGGAAAGGCAAUGGACGCGCAAGGUCACAAAGAAAGUGGUUGCGCCGCUUUCGUUUUGAACAUGGUCUACAGUUGGGCCGCGUGCGUGUGCAGGCAGUGAUGCCUCUAGCAGACAUGCAGCGCAAGGCGAAAGCUUUUUGGAGAUGGAGCAACUACGUUCAUGCACAAUCAAGCAGCUCGGGUCCUCUUCUCUUGCUGAACAUGGACGAAACUUCCAUUGCUUUGAAGCCAACCGCGAAGGUUGGCACUGUCGCCCGGGGCUUCACAGGGCACAAGGCUGUAGAUGCCGCAUCUUUGGCUGAGACGCGGGCUCGGUUCACAUUGAUGUGCACGAUUUGCAAUGACACGUCUGUGCAGCCAUUCCUUCCGCAGGUUCUCCUCACGAACGGUCGGUUUCUUGGAAAGAAGGCCAAAGUGGAGAAACUCAGGGGCAAUCUGUCCGUUUGGACCCAGAAAAGCGCUUGGUCAUGCCAUGCUACACUGAGACGAUAUAUUUCUUUGCUUGGAUUCAAGCUCAAGGCUGCAGCUCCGGGCCGUGACUAUGCACUACUUCUAGAUUGCGCGCCUUCUCACUUGCACGGUUCCAUUAAAAGGCAAGCGAAGCUCAACCAUAUUCGUUUGGUCUACAUUGCAGCUGGGCUCACACGUUGCCUUCAACCAGCAGACACAGAUCUAUUUUCGCGGCUGAAGGAGAAAAUCGCAGAGCUAUAUCGUUCACAGCAAUCAAUGAGUGUGGACGGAAAGAUUUCGCCUGCCCAAUGGCUGGAGAUCUUGGGUUCAUCUUUACAAUCAAUUCUACCAGCUGUGAAAUGGAGCCGGGCCUUCGCCAAGGUUGGUGCUUCGAAUUGGCAAAAGGAUGUGUGUCAAUCUUUACUCUUUGAAUUCGGUUGGCCAAGUGUACCGACCAUCCCACCAGGGCCUCCGACUGAGUCGGAGGCCCGCGACAUUUUCCCUAAGGGAAGAAGUAAGCUGGAUGUUCUGUCCUAUGUGCAUUGGAAGCAGCCAGCGGCCAAAGGUCAUGUUCGGCUGUACAAAGGCAAACCCAUUAGAACAUUGGAUUAA